UCCUGGGCAGUGAAUCUCCCCCAGCUCCCCGUGCCCGGCUGCAGCGGCUCCUCCUUCCCCUCUCCUGCUUUGCUUGGGAUCUGCCUGGCAAACAUUGCCUGUAAUCCCCCAGCCGGUGACUCCUCCACAGGCCGGGCUGCUCCGAACUCCGCCUGUUCUCAGGGAAGCUUUUCCAAUGGGAAUGGAGCCUCUGAUGACUCGGGUCUGAGCUGUCCCCAGCCGGGUUUGCCUGGAGAAGGCGUGUGGCAACACUUUGGGAUUGCUGCUUCUCGCAGCGAUACCGACCUGCUUGUUCCCGUGCUGGGAAGCUGGGCCAUGCUCAUGUGAUGUCGGUGUACGUACAGGUUUUUAGGUCAUGUCCAGCCUAUCUGGUGAGCAGGAAUGUGCUGUGAGCCAGGCUGAAGGUGAGCUGCGGUUAAUCAUCACUGAUAAAUGCUUCCUCGUGGGGUGUUUGGGUUGUAAAAGGUGCAGCCUGAUACUGCUCGGUUUAAUUGAUAUUUUUAGCUUCAUUUUUGCAAUAGCUGAGGCCAGCACUGGUCAAAAGGAGAGUGAACAGGGUGAGUGGGACAGAAACCUUUGGGUCAGGUCUCCCACUGCCUCCCUUGCAGCAGUGGGGUAGGACCCCUUCGGGGUUGCCAGUCAUCCCAUUAGGAAUGGAAACACCAACCAGCUUGUUUCCCCCUCUUGUGGAGGUUGUAUCAGCUGCUCCAGUGUCUUAACUAGUUUCUGUGCUGCUGAGUAAUCCUGUUAACGCCCCAAAGGUGCUUUCUUUUUCCUGCUCCAGCUAUUAGCUGUGGCUGCUGGACUGCAGGACCUGCUUGUUCUUUAAUCUGAGAUGAAAAGAGUCCUCGACCUUUCGACCAUCCAGCCUUCUCCAAGGUGAUGACUCCUGUCUCCUGAGACGUUGGAAAACCUAGUUUGGAAGAAGAGUAAAGAUAGAGUUGAUGCUGAACUACAGCCAAGGAUGAAGCGACGAGCAUCAGACAGAGGAGCUGGGGAAACAUCCACUAAGGCAAAAGCUCUUUGUACAGGGAUUUCUGGAAAUAAUGCCAAGAGAGCGGGCCCUUUUAUCCUAGGUCCACGUUUAGGUAACUCUCCAGUGCCAAGUAUUGUUCAGUGUUUGGCAAGAAAGGAUGGGACAGAUGACUUCUAUCAGCUAAAGAUUCUCACUUUAGAAGAAAGGGGUGAUAAAGGAAUAGAAACCCAGGAGGAGCGACAGGGCAAGAUGCUGCUGCACACAGAGUAUUCUCUCCUUUCCCUGCUCCAUAACCAGGAAGGAGUGGUUCAUCACCACGGGCUCUUUCAGGACCGAGCUUGUGAAAUUAUAGAAGAUCUAGAAGCAAACAGAAUGGUCAGGAAAAUGAAGAAGCGCAUUUGUCUGGUGUUGGACUGUCUCUGUGCUCAUGAUUUCAGUGACAAAACAGCAGAUCUGAUCAAUCUGCAGCAUUAUGUCAUUAAAGAGAAGAGACUCAGUGAGCGGGAGACGGUGGUGAUAUUUUAUGAUGUGGUACGAGUGGUAGAAGCAUUACAUAAGAAAAAUAUUGUGCACAGAGACUUGAAACUAGGAAACAUGGUGCUAAACAAAAGGACUCAUCGAAUAACCAUAACCAACUUCUGUCUCGGGAAGCACCUGGUGAGUGAGGAUGACCUGCUGAAGGACCAGCGAGGGAGCCCUGCCUACAUCAGCCCAGAUGUGCUCAGCGGACGGCCGUACCGUGGAAAACCCAGUGACAUGUGGGCUUUGGGUGUGGUGCUCUUCACCAUGCUCUAUGGCCAGUUCCCCUUCUACGACAGCAUACCUCAGGAGCUCUUCCGCAAAAUCAAGGCUGCCGAGUACAACAUCCCUGAGGAUGGACGGGUCUCAGAAAACACUGUGUGCUUGAUCCGAAAACUGCUGGUCUUGGAUCCACAGCAGCGUCUGACAGCUUCUGAAGUGCUGGAGUCCCUCAGCUCCAUCAUAGCAUCGUGGCAGUCCAUGUCCUCGCUGAGCGGCCCUUUGCAAGUGGUGCCAGACAUCGACGACCAAGUGGCUAACCCGGAAAACCCUCAAGAGGUGAAGGUGACGGAGGAGUGCUCGCAAUAUGAGUUUGAGAACUACAUGAGGCAGCAGCUGCUCUUGGCUGAGGAGAAGAACACGUUGCAUGAGGCCAAGAGCUUCCUACAGAAGCGGCAGUUUGGGAACAUCCCCCCAGUGCGACGCCUGGGCCACGAUGCUCAGCCCAUGAACCCUUUGGACGCAGCGAUCCUGGCCCAGAGGUACCUUCGGAAGUAGCUUCCUACACGUCCGAGAGCACAAGCACCAUCCUGCAGUCUGCCUUUCACGUCGCCUACUACAGCUCAACAGCAAUACCCGUGUCCCGUGAUGGAGAAUAAUGUAGCAAUUCUGAGCUCUGUUCAGGGACACACACUCACUCUGGAGGGAGAAGACUUUUGGGAAAAGCUAGUUUUGGAAGCAGCAACCUCUUGGCAUCUUCUGGAAUCUGUUUUCUAAAUCGAAGCCUAGAUGACUAAUCUGCUUUUAAUCAUGACUGUAAUCUACCUCUCUUGUCUUUUUAACCAUGCUGUUCUCUGGAUCGAGCAAAGCCUGUGGGAAAGGAGAAGACUACCAAGGGUGAAGCUGGUUUGCUGGCACAAGUGGUGGCUGCGCAGCACGGAGAAGUCGGCUCGUUGCGUUCGCUCCAUAUGGUUUGAAUAAGCUUAGAUUUACCGGGGUUUCUCAAGAGGAAGAAUUCCUCGAAACCUCCCACUCCCCUUCAUCUGCAUCAACUCUUUCUCCUGUCCCCAACGUGCCACCUGGUUGGGCUGUGUUGUCCGACCCUGGGUGGCUGCAGCACGCCAAGGCCUUCGCGUUCCCUGGUGCCACCGGGGCUGCCUCGGGCAGGAGGCAAAGAGCUGCAAAGAUGGGCUCUUGGCCUCAGUUCAAGGGUUUUCCAGGACUUGGCCUGCCCAGGCCUCUGACCUCUUUCCCACCUUUCCCUGAUUCUUUAGUUUCAUAAGGAUUAUAUGAUUUAAUCUUAUUUUUCAGUAGCUUACCUAAGGUGCAGUUAAAAUUGCAUUAAUUCUGAGUUAGCGUUUUCACACUUCAGUUGUGGUACAGAUAUAAUAUAUGAGUUAUAAUGUGAAAAAGCUUCCCAAAAUAAUCUGCCUAGAAUUAGGAAGGGGCUGGCUGAAGUCUCUGCUGUAUUUGUUCCCCAGCUUAUCUUGCCAUCCCAGCCUCACCACGCAAACCCCGUGGCGCUGAGGCAGGAGAAGGAUGUCCCGGUUUGUCACCGAAUGCCACUGGAAGAGCGUUUGCCUGUGCUGAGAACAGGAACGAUCGUUUCUGAGCCUCAUUUUGUGAACUGGAUGCCUGUCUUGCCAGACAAACUGUUCUCACACAGAGGUCCUCACAGUGCCCCAGCCAGGGCUCCUUGCUCAAGGCAGCGCUUCCCUGGCUGCCUCCAUCCCCUGCUCCUGCCUGCUCCCAGCUCCAGCAUCGCCCUCAGCACCAGGAUCUGGGUGAGCAGGGAGGGGAAAAGCUGCUGUGUGGGGCUGACCCUGCUCUUUGGGGCUAAGCUUUACCAGGGCGGGCAGGGAGCGAGUAGCAGAUCUAUAUUUGUAGCGUGUUGUUGCCUUCUCUUGCCCCGGGCUGGGGACGGGGACUGUGUCUAGCCUGGGCCAACCUCCAGGUGUCCUUGUGGGGAUAGAGGGGUUGACCUGAACCUCCUUGGCAGCAUCGGGCAUUACAUCCUGCCUGCGCCUGGCUGGAGCCAGCCGGCAGCGGGCGGGCAGGCACUUGUGAACACUAACACAGACUAGAACAGUGGCACCAACCCCAGCCAGCUGAGCCAGUAGCCUCAAGUCUUAGCCUUAUUUAUUUGAAUGGUGGGUCUGUCCCAGCACCCCCAAUGGGUGCCCAUCGCCCCCCCCCGUGCCACCAGCAGCAGCGCAGGGCCUCCCCCCGUGGGGUCCUGCUCUCUCCAUCUGGUUUCUCCUCUCUUGCUCCCACCUCUCUUGUUAGGUUUUUUUUUCCCCAAAUUUAAAGCAAUACUCGGGGGGGGGGGGGGCUCUGCAAGGCUGAAUUGUACCCAGUGUCCCCGCGCACCGCUCGGCGCCCGUAGCUCGCACGUGUAUUGAACUGGAAGAGGGGAGGCAGGAGGGGCUGGGGGGGUGGAGGGGCCGCUGCGGGAAGGAGCCUGUUGUAAGAGUUCAGAAAAAAAGAGAAAGAAAAAAAAAAUAGAGGAAAAAAAUCUUUGUAUAAAGACAUUAUUUUUGUACUACAUCGAAACUACUCCUGCAUGUCGGCAAUAAAACUUCAUACCUGA